UUCCCAAUCCACUCUUCCCUUCUUUUUCCCACCCACCCUAGCAUUUUAGUGGAAGAUCAUACUAGUCCGUAGUCCGUAGCGCGCUCACCUGAUGAUGUCGCCGUGGGUGCGUUCGUGUUGCUUAGCUUCUCUGGCGCUGGCCGUUUGGGCUGUUUUCGCGGUGGAGAAGCACCGGCCGCGUCUAAUGCAAGUGCGACGUAGUCGACCUGACCUGAUCAAAGAAGACAAUGGUUAUAAAAACCCGGACAGCCCAGUCUGGCUGGUUCACGCUUUUGCUUGUUAUUCACUAGUAUCACAGUCUCUCUUGGAUAAAAGAACCCUUGCAGACUAUUGAUUUACUUAAACUCUCUCUCACUCUCACUCUUUCUUUCAUCGCGUCUUCACCGUUGUAUAUACUUUCUUAUUUUCCUUCUCUUGACUUCACAAUGUAUGCCAUGUCUGCAAUGAGCCCUGCUAUGCUUGAAUGCCCACCAAUGGAACACUCGUACUCCACCAGCAGUGAAGAGUCGAUGCAAUCGACUCUGGGAUACAUGGGCCACCCAUCGUUGUAUGGGAUGGUAGGGACGGAGAUGUCUUUCGUCCAGCCCACCUACGAGCCCUCAUCAUACGACUCGACUCCGUUCAGUUCGCCUCAGACGGUGGCCUCUUCGACCUUCGACAUGUACUACCCCAGCAACAACAACACCUUCACGGCCUCGCCCAUGGUCUAUUCGCCCGAAGCCUACUCGUUCCACCAGCUUCCAAUGCAACCGUCUUCGUUCCCGGUGCCCAAUAUCGAGUGGAUCCCCACCCAAUCCAGCCCGAACCCGGAAGUUGUUUACUCUCCCGUUGAAAGUUACGAGACCCUCGACGCGUCCAAACCCGUCAAGCCCUACACCUGCGAGGACUGCAACAAGGCGUUUACUCGGCCAGCCGAUCUCAAACGUCAUCAGACCAGCGUCCACAAUCCUGUCUUCCAGGACUGUCCCGUGCAGGAAUGUCUCCGCAAGGAUGGCAAUGGGUUCCCUCGUCGAGACCAUCUGAUCGAGCAUCUGCGCUCCUUCCACCACUGGGACGUGCCCAAGCGGCGGGCAGCCAAGCGGGCCAAGACAGCUUAGAUGGAUGUCUGUGUGGCCUGCUUUGCCUUGCCUUGUCUUGUCUUGUGUUUUUGUCCCGUGUGUUAUGAAUAGAGAUACCCCUUUCCUUUGUCAGAUGUUUAUGCUUAUGUUUAUGUUUAUGUUUUAUGUCCUUAUGUCCUUUCCUAUGUCAUGUUAUGUUACUGUCAAUUAUGUCUACAUGAAUGAACCCCACAAUAGAGUGAGGGAGGUGGACUGGUGGGGGAAGCCGGCGUUUUGGAUGGGGGUGGGAUUAUACAUUGGACUCGGUGUCAUGUAUCAGCAGCAGCCUUUUUGCAUUUGCAGUUGCAUCUUGUCUUUCUUUCCUUUUGACUGUCACUUUAACUGGUUUCUUACCUUACUAGAGAUACUAUACUAUACACGAACAUACCUAU